CCCCGCACGAUGGUGCGCUUUCAAUGCGCGCCGGGAGGAGCCGGAGUCCGGAGGGGCGGGGUUACAACUUUCAGUGGGAAUUCUCAGUUCAAAAAGCUGCUACUGUCCUGCCGCGGCAGAGUCGCGUUGCUUCUGCUUUUUAUCGGGGUCGGCAAAGUCUUGCUUAAAUAUGCUCUUAGCGAGCGAGCGACACCAGAUACUUACGCUCUAGUUUAGCCAAAAAAAUAAAGAAGAGCUGAAGACGUAGAGAAGAAAGAAAGAAGCGAAGGAGCAUCAAGAAAUAAAACGCGAGUCGUGCAGGUGGUUGCACGUUGCUGACCCCGGGGACCGUCUUCAAAGCCAGACUCUCCACCCGUCCCUUCGCCUUCCGGUCUCACCUGGACUCACCGGGAUGUCCCUGGAGACGUACUCAGCGCUGGACGAGACCUCUCUCCGAGCUCUGCUGGAUGGAACCGUUGAUCUGGACGAGAGACGCCUCAUCCGUUCAGCCAUCCGGGAGCUGAGGAGGAGAGAGAUCGAGGACAUGGAGGCCGCCUUGGCCAGCAAGAGAUUCAGACCCACGCGCCUGAAUCAGCAGGAGGACAAGGAGAACCAGCACAGAUCCGAAUCCAGCGACAACUUGGACGUUCUUUCCCAAAAGCUGCAGUCGAUCCAAGACGUUGACGAGCUCACGAAAAUGCUCCGUGCUGCAGCCGAGUACGAGGAGAGGAAGAUGAUCCGAGCAGCGAUCCGACGCGUCAGAGAUGAGCAGCUGCAAGGGUCCGUGGAGAAGAGUAAAGUGUCUGUCUGCCGCCUGGCGCCUGAGAGCGCCGAGCCCCAGUGCAUCGUGGGAGCUGCGGAGACAGAGAGUCGCAGGGAUCUCCGUGCCCCGACCCAGGAGCUUCACGGCCAGCAGACGCACCACAGCAGAGAGCCGCAAAGCAGAGGGACAGGGUCUGACUCCAGCAUGGUUCUGGUUCUUGAUCACCUGGUCAAAGAUGACACGUCUGGGCCCAUGCUGAUCCAGCCUCAGAGAGAAGCUGUGACCCCAGAGUCUGACCUGCUGGAGUCCAGCCGGACCAGAUCAAACUCCACAGCUUCGGACCGCAGCGGGACUUCGGUUCACUCCAUGUCUAAUCAGGAUUCUGUGACCUCAGAGAAGAGUCUGGGCCCAAACCAGCGAUCCCGGCUGGACUCUGGAGCCUCAGACAGAAGCCAGAGUUCCUCGCAGCGGGGUCGCCUUGACUCUGGCGCCUCGGAGCGCAGCAUCAGCUCCCUGUCUUCUGCGAGGCAGAGACUGGGAUCGGAUGUCUCCGAUUCGUGCGUCAGGCCCCGCCUGGGCUCCGGGAAUAAAGACAGCAUGGAUGUGUUAUCUAGAAAACGGAUGGACUCUGUUACAUCCAACCCCAGCAUGAGGUUAUCUGCUGAGGAGAAGGCUCCAUUGGAGGACGUGGAGAAAACAAGAAGUGGUUCAGUUAACAGCACGGACUCAGAAACUGAAACGGGUUCAGCCGGCGUCUCCGCUCGAUGUGACCAGGACCGCGGUCAUGACCAGGAUCAGCCAGACGGGGCGCUUUCAUCCCGAAGAGAUCCUGACAACGGAGUCCUCAACGGCCACGCUCAGGGAAAGUUGAAUUUCAAGAUUCAAAAGAUAACGGCUAACGGAAAUCUGACAUUCGCUCACGGCAAGGCCAAGGAAAGUGCAUCUGAAAAGAAAGACGGCAUCUUGGAGCAGUUCAGCCGCACCAACUCUGUUCGAGACCGUAUGCGCAAGUUCACAGAGGCCAGCCAAAGCGCGCACCCCCCAGCUUUGAAGAAGACCCCUGUGAGAAACGGGGCCACCUCCGGGCUGACUAAUCUCUCCAGAGCUGCUGAGCUGUUUGCACACGCAUCAGCAUCCCCCGGCCCGUCUGAAGACAGGCCAGCCAGGCCACGUGUUGGCUCGGCGUCCACCACGUCCGCUCUGCCGACGGCUCCUCAGCCCCUCAAAGGAGUGGUCGAAAGACCUCCGUCUUCAGCCAGCCAAUCGCAGGACUCCCUGGGCGGGAUGAGGCUCCCAGUUGAAAAAGAUGUGCCUGCCUCGGCGGAGCCAAAGGAAGACAGGACCCCGGGGAGAGCAGCCGAGAAACAGGUCCCUGAGGGAGAGGAAGACCCCGACAUGAAGACUUUCCUCACGAUUGAGAUCAAAGACGGGCGCACCACCACCACCUCCUCCUCAUCCGCCUCGUCAGCGGCGAGAGGCAACACCCUGCCUGUCACCAGCAUGACCCCGCGGGUCGCCCCUCUGGGGCAGAGACCAGAGCUGACCCUUGGCCUUAGAGCUACACCAUUCAAGAUCUCCUCAUCUACCUUCUCCUCCGGAUCCUCCAUCAAGAUGGAGACUGAGCCCGUAGUCGCCGCUGAGCCGGUAUUCUCAGCCGGACCGUCGGUGGUCGGGACGCGCCAAGUCCCCACCAUCCCCAACGGCUUCAGCACUCAGACGAAACCCGCAGAGAGCUCCGGAAAACUGACGGCAGAGAAGCUCGCCGCCAUCGACGAUGAGGAGCUCCUGGACAAGAUGCUCGAUGAGUCCAAAGAUUUCGAGGAGAGGAGGAUGAUCCGUGCCGCCAUGAGAGACCUUCGCAAGAGAAAGAGAGAGGCCAUGCUGGGAUGUAGCCAGGAGGAAAUGGACCAAAGAGAGAAGGAGCGCGACACUCGUCUGCAGGAGCUGCGGCAGCAGAGGGAGGAGAAGACGCAGAAAGGUCGCGCAGGACCCGGAGCUGGAGAGGUGGUGAUAAGGAAGAUGGAGAAGUCGGCCGAUGGUUCAACCCUCAGUCAAGUGACUAAGACAAACCGUUUCGCUCAGUCUGAUGAUGGAAGCAAGUCAACACGCAGCACAGUUGUAGAGACCAGUUUUGUGAAGAAAACCGAUAGAGGAACAGUCCAGUCCAAAUCGUACAGCUUCACCUCGUCCUCGUCCUCCAACACAAGCAAAAAAGUUGGCAGUGUGUUUGACCGCGAGGACGACACGGCGCCUCGAGGCGGCAGCGGCGGUUUGGCCGCUAUCGAGCGGCGGCAGGCGGACAGGCGCAGGGAGCUGAUGAGGGCCCAGACGAUGCCCAAGACGUCCGCCAUGCAGGCCCGGAAAGCCAUGAUAGAGAAGUUGGAGAAGGAGGGAGGCGGCCCUGGGAAUCAGGCGGUAGCCAAGGUGAACAGGGUGCAGCGCUCCACCAGCUUUGGCGUGCCUAACGCAAACUCCAUCAAGCAGAUGCUCCUCGACUGGUGCCGCGCCAAGACGCGCUCGUACGAGCACGUGGACAUCCAGAACUUUUCCUCCAGCUGGAGCAACGGCAUGGCGUUCUGUGCCCUGGUGCACAACUUCUUCCCCGACGCCUUCGACUACGACUCCCUGAGCCCCAGCAACCGGAGGCAAAACUUUGAGGUGGCCUUCAGCGCCGCAGAGACGUACGCCAACUGCAUGCCUUUGCUGGAAGUGGAGGACAUGAUGAUCAUGGGUAACAAGCCAGACUCCAAAUGCGUCUUCACCUACGUGCAGUCGCUGGUGAACCACCUUCGCAGAUACGAGAUGUCCAUGGGCCGCCCCUGCGAUCUCUGACCUGCAGCCGCGCGCCUUUGUAUCUCUGAUGGACACGUCAGGGAUUCUGUGUGUGUGUGUGUGUGUGUUUGUGUCAUUUUGCUUCUAACAUGUGCUGGCAACGCUUCGUUGUUUAGACAAGAAGUCUACCUCUUUAACAGAAAGAGAGGAUGCCUGCAUUUAAAAAAAGAAAAAUCUUAUUUUCUGUAUUUAAACUGGGCUCAGUGCAGAUUUCAGCUGUCAUUCAUCAGGUGUUAAGACCCUAACCUUCAAAAAAGAAAGAAGUGUUUAUAUGGUAGCUCCUCUUUUAAAUUAUUUAUACCCUAAUUUUUCCCUGCUGUUAUUUGGUUUAUCCUCCUGGCGAUUCUGUUGGUAAAUCCACUGAAACAGCAACAUUUAUACAAACUUUAUUUGCUUUCUGUUUUGGUACCUUUUCCAUUUUUAACCAAACUCUGGUUUCUUGAAUUAUUUUAAGUUAUGUGUUCAGAUGAUAAGAUAAAGAGUUUUAAUUGAUGAGCACGGGGGUGUUCAUUCUUGUUUAUUGAGGUGAAUUCGACAUUGUCAGAGCGAUCUUUUGCUUUAAAAAAAAAAAAAAAAAAAAAACUUCCAGCACAGCACUGCUGAUAAAAUUGUGCGGUUCUGAAAACUGAAUCCGUUCUGUACAAGGCUGGCAAAGUUGGCGCUUGAGAGCGUAUUUAAAGCAUUACUCGAUGUUUUCUGAUGACACAUUUAAAGAAGAAAGAAAAAAAAACGACCACACUGUCGACGAUGACCUGCCUAAGACUGUCAAUUAGAAAGUUUAUUUAUGCUCAAAUUGGUUUUAAUGCUGGUGUUUUAGUUUGUGUUUUUAAGCAUUUAAGCAGUUAGGUAAACUAAGUUAAUAAGCUGAAGUCCUUGGUCAUUUCUUUCUGUAACUAAUUAGACUGGCUUCUGUCUCAGUAUGAACAGAAAUGCUGAACAACUUAAAGCGAAGAGAUUUGAGAAGAUGAGUUUUAAUUUAAGGUCCUUUUUUGAGAGAAAAUAAUGAAAAGUUGUUUUCCGAGAGUUGUUUUAAUUGAAAUUUAUUUCUUAAAGCUCGUUUUUAAAUGAGAAUUUAUAGAGUUGCUGAGCUGCUUGCAAAUGGAAAAUGGAGAAAAAAAACAACAACCCACGAAGCAGUGAGCAAUGAGCGUCUUUGUGUAUAUAAGAGCUUAAACACAUUGUAUAAUUCCAUGUUUUCUGUGCACCACAGGUAAAUGUAAAUUAACAAUUAAACCAAUUUGAGAAAUGAA